AGCAGGAGCGCAGCGAGCUGGGGAUCCCCUCACGCUUCCAUCCUAGUCAUGUAAAGAGCAGCAUUACAGCCUUUCUGCUUUAUAAUGGAUGCGUGCGCUUUUGAUGUUUCGAAGAAUUUUUCACUACCCAAUCAGGUGGAUCAGUUUUCUGAUAAAUGUGACAGGAAAUAACUGCUGCAGACUUUGUCGGUGUGGAUGGACAGGUCAGGAGUGCAUAUGCGACACUGUGGGAACGCUUGGAUUUAUUUACCGCAUCCUUCUGGGAUUUACUGCCGAAAGAACUCUGCUCCUUGACCGGUUAAAAUAAGGGAGAGAAUGUAUGGAAUAAACCAACACUGUAUUUACAUAUCGUUUCAUUUUUUCGUGCUGUGGUGCCAGGCUCAGGGGGAGAAUCACCCGUCUCCUAAUUUUAACCAGUAUGUGAGGACGCAGGGCGCAGUGACGGACCAGCUCAGCCGAAGACAGGUCAGAGUUUACCAGCUCUACAGUCGCACUAGCGGGAAACACGUCCAGAUUCACGGCAAAAGGGUCACCGCCACCGCCGAGGAUGGAAAUCUGUACGCUCGCCUGUUUGUUGAGACAGACACCUUUGGCAGUCGAGUUAGGAUAAGAGGUGCAGAAAGUGGGCGCUACCUCUGUAUGAACCGGAAGGGGAAGCUUGUUGGAAAGCCAAAUGGCCGGAGCAAAGAUUGUAUCUUCACUGAGAUUGUACUGGAGAACAAUUACACAGCCUUCCAGAAUGCCAAGUAUGAGGGCUGGUAUGUGGCUUUCACUCGGAAAGGGAGGCCCAUCAAAGCCUCCAGAACGAGGGAGAAUCAGAGAGAGGUCCAUUUCAUCAAGAGGCUGCACACAGGAUUACCUCCCUUCCCCAACACGGACCAAAGUAAACCAUUUGAGUUCAUCAGAUUUCCGUCCACACGUAGAGCGAAGCGGAACAGGAAAUCACCUAGCUCUUCCUAGGCACAGCAAAAAGUGAUGGACUGAUGACAGCUGUGACAUGGGAAGAAACAGAUGCAAUUUUAUUUUUGUAUAUUUUUUGACAAGUGAAAAAUGCCUUAGAUGCCAUAAUAUUGCUGUAAAAUGAUCAUGUGUAAAUACUAAGAGAGAGUAAA